AUGCUCAAUAAGUACACUCUUGAAUUUCUAUUCAAGGAUCAAGCUGAGCAGUACGAAAACUACUCCAAAUCAUCCAAACUAAGGGAAGUAACGUACUUCACCAUCUACUCAGUUUCCUUUUCGAUUCUGAACACCGCAAAAUUUAUCUAGCGAGACUCACUUCCUUAUUCAAUACUCAGUGGAAUAUCGAUUUUUGCAUUAUUGAUGCUCUGGAAAAUACUACAACAAAAACCUCACUUAAUCAAUUUAAUUGUAACUAUUUAUCAAUUGUAUUUGCUUUUCGCUUUUAAAAUGCCUUAAUUAUUUAAUGGCACAACCAAUCCCACUUUAGAUCAAUCUUGGUAUUAUGGUUUCCAAUGUGGUUACUUGCACUUCAGUGUUUAUCUCUUAGGUGCCAACUUCAUUUAUCAGACCUUCCUGUUGAUCAUUGUUAUUGGAGUCCACUUAGAUUAAGACAACAUAGAUAUUAAAGAUGGGAUUAUCAACAUAUUUCUCUUUGUCUUUUUGGCCAUGAGUAUGAUAGCCAUCAAAUAUAAUUAUGAAAAAACUAAAAAGGAAUAAUAUGUUUAGAGUUGUCAACAGGAAAGAUGGGAACAACUAUUGUCAAAAGUGUUGUCCAGUUCCAUUUUGUUGGUUUCCCAUGACAAGAAACAGGAUUAAUUGCAACUCGAGAAGGAAAACAAAUUUUCAUCUAUUUUAUUCAGAUUAAAGGAUAGUGAAAAUCUACGACAAUUACUCAGAAAGUUAAUCGUAUCUUCCAGCAGACACCCAGAUGAUAGUGUCUCGAAUUUAGUUCAUAUCAAUAUGGAACACACGUUGAGAAGAUUCCUAAUCCAUACUCAAGAAUUUGCUGAUUCAUUCAAAACUUACAAAUACACCGUUCAACAUUAUUAAACUUAGAAGCUCUACAAUGUCAAAAUACUCAGAUGCGUAUUUAACAAUAAACUACAAUGUUUACUCAUCAUUGAUCCUAAGAAGAAAUAUUUUUAUAAUUAGACUUAAGUUUUAUGGAGUAUCCUCUAGAAUAUAACUGAAACGGCAAAUGAAUAGUCACGUUUCUUAAUCAAGUUGCUCACCAAGUUUAAUCAAAUAUCAAUUAAAUAGAGAUUCCCAGAUCAGAAGUUCUACUUUAAUCACAAUUUCAUACAGAAUAUUUAAAUCAUUUUUUAAAACAAAUCUAACCGUCUUAAAUUAUAAUCUAUCACUCAAAAUUCAUUACAAACUGCACUUGAUCCAUUGAUUGGAAUUGACUCCUAAAAGGUACUACUUGCUAAACCAUUUAUGCAUGAUAUUUCCAUAAUUCAGUAAUUAUUGAUUUCAUGCUUCUACAUAAUUUAGCAAAUUUUUAAAGAUCUGAAAAUUCUAAAAAUACAAAUAGAAAAUCUAAAUUCAGAAAUCUUCUUUUAAAUUAAAAUAAAGGAAAGGGACAAAGUCAUUCAAACCAAAAUAUUAGAAAUCCUACAAACUAAUUGGGUUAAGUCUCCAAAAGGAUUUUUUCAUAAAACCUCUGUUCAUCAAUCACUCCUAGAAAGAAUGAGUUAUUUGACUUAAUAGUUUUAGAUACCUAUUAAUUUGCUACUAAAUAUAAGUAUCACUUAAUUGAUUCUCUCUGAGUUUGGAGUGUAUAACCAUUUAGAUAUCAUACAGGCUAAUAACGAAUUUACUUUUACAUUUUCCUUAGUCCCCCAAACCUAAUGA